UCCACAUGUCGAAGCAAAUAAAGCCCGCACAAAUGGAGACAUUCAAUAGUUAUUACCACUUUAGGAUGGCAAAAAGAAACAUGCCAUCAAAAAGUAGCAGGGCCGCGAAAAUGCCCCAAUAAAAACAGUCAUAUUAAGACAGGCCAUCAAAUAGUAUUCGCGACAAGGAGAUGAUCCCAUAAACACAAAUUCAUCAGGAGAAAGCAUUUCGCCAACCGUCCAUUCGGCAAAAUUUUUGGAAAUCAGAAAACUGACGCAUUCUUAGAUCAGAGCAAAGCGAAGAAAACGAGUUUCUUAAUCACAGACGAUACCUUGAAUGGCAUAUUAAUUGUGUAAUAUAUAAAAGUCCAUUAGCAUAUGUAUGGGCGAGAUUGGCAUCUGUCACCGAGCCGCGGGGGAAAGACGUUCUUUUCGACACCCUCAGAAUUGGGUUAGCUGGUUUAGUGUCGGCUGGGACCUGGAACAAUGCCAUUUUAUAUCAAAUUGGUUAUUGAGAGUUUCGCUAAAAUACAAAAUUCUAAUGAGAUGCGCUCGAAGACAAAACAAUGGCCAUGCGACAAGCUGGUGUUGUUGACCACUAGGUUCGCAUCUCGGAUUCGUGUCAGUGUGCUAUAGACCAGAAAGGGCAGCGGACGCAGCCAGAGCUUAGCCUUCACCCACAGACAUUACAGUUAACAGCCAUGCAUUGGCAAUUGGUGACAGCUUUGUUGCUCUUUGUAGCAUGGAAUUAUCCCAUUCAGACUCAAUCAGCCAGGAUGCCGGCUUUGGAGGUGCAGCAAGGGCCAGGGCGGCCACAGGCACGGCAGCCAGCCAAUAAAGAUAACUACCAGUAUGUCCUGUUGCCGAAUAAUAACGGUGGGUACCGGAGGCGUCGCAUCCAUGACAUCCAAGGCAAGGCUGCGCCAACGACAACCACAGAGCGUCCACUAGUCCGCGUAUGGAAUAGUUUCAUUCGAAGUGUUCAGCCCUCGUUAAGUUGGCGAAACUUGACCAAUCCAUUGGCCAACUUCUUUAACGAUGGCAGCGCCAAUAUCAUUGAGACAUCGCCCGUGUACCUUCAGUCUCUGACCGAGAACCUGGAACAACAGCCAGAGAGUCCGAUUCCAGAGUCGCAGAGCUCCAAGAAACGCAAACGAAAGCGCCGCAAGCAGCAGAUACGUAGGCCCUCCUUUGAGUCGCAGGAGUAUGAUCCGUACGAUUACUAUGCACCUCCGUUGCCUCCAGCCGAGCCUAUGUUCUUCUACGACACUAACUCCGGCAGCUAUUACGGAGUGCAGCGCUUCAGCCCGCAAGACUUUCAGGAAAACUACUACAAUCACUUUGAUCCCGCAUCGGAGGGGGAGCCACAGGAGCCGACGGUUUUGGGAAAAAUCAACACCAAAAAGAUCACUCUUCUGCGGCCACUGCCGUUGUCCUCUACGAAAGGUCAGUCCGCAGUAGAAACAGUCGACGCCAGCGACUCGGCCAAUCAAAACGAAGACACAGACGAUGAAAUUGAUUCGAACGAUAGUACAGCACUGUCCGAUGCAACGUCUUACGGCAUUGGUGAAGAAGACGAUGACGACGAGAGUCAGUCACCGCUCUCCGAGAGCAUGCGCAAUGCUCUAGGCACGUACAUGCGUGACGAUCAACCCAAUCGCCAGCGCCAGCGCCAGUCAGGGCGCAAUGGUGGCGUCACUGCAAUUUCAGACUCAGGUGCCAAGGUUUCUCCUCGGAACCAGAACCGCUACUAUUGGCUGCGCGCCUGGUGAAAUAAACCAAAAUAUCUUAAUAAACU